AGCUCUGGCUCUGGCUGAGCUCAGUCGUAGCUGAUCACCGAGCGGUGGAGCGGUGUCAUGGGUAAAUCGCACUACUUCGUGUUGGGCCUCGCCCUCGUUUCAGCAGGUCAAGUGAUGUCCAUCUGCAUUCCGCCGAACCACUGCAUAGAGGAUAUGGAGGCGGCCGAUGUCAAGGAGCGCUUCGACUACGUCCUGGCCAAGUACGAGGAGCUGGACAUGAAGGUUCCGGGCGAGCCUGUUGGCUUGCACGGCAAGGUGGUCACGCAUGGGGAGGCCGAGGAGCAGCACCUGGUGUUUCAGUACAUGGACAACACGCCGCAUGACAUCAUCCAGACGUGUGCGUUCGUGGUCGUCAGUGCUCCGGGCGAGUGCGAGUCGAUCCGUACCUACUGCUCCGGCUUUCUGCGGCGGCAGCCCCGCCCCCUUCUGGAGAGGAAGCCGAUCGAGGUAUGUGAGGAUCGGGUCCAGCUGGCAACGGAGCCACCGGAACCGGAGACUGUGCCCGACGCGGAUGCAGAGGCUGGCACGGAGGCUGAUCCGCAGCAGGAGCAGGAGGAGGAAGCAGAAACCACCACAGGGGCUCAAGAUGCCCCCAACUCCAAGCUAGUGUCGAUGUCCCACAAUAGUGUUUGAAUUUUAGUAAUACUUGGCCACUCGGAACUUGGGCAUAAUUUCAUUUUUAAGAAAGAACCACCUCCACCAUAUCGCCACUCAAUUCAACCUUGAAAUUUUUAAAGUUACUAUUUAAUGAUACUAUUUUUCUAUACUAUUUAAUAUUUAUAUCAAGAAAAGACCAUGCUAAGCCCCCAUAUAAUAUCUAGUUUAAAACCUUCGAUGGUGUAGCUAGAUUCUUGAGACAUGGUUGGUGGUAUUUUAUCGAGAACCUCUUAACCAGAAAAUAAAUAAUUAAUCUUUGGAUUUUAA